AUGGAGUGGAAUUUGAAGGCUGCAUCAAAUUGGGACUGGGAUAACAUAACUGGAUGUGGUGGUGGUUUUUCAGGCUCUGAUUCAGGACAUGGCUCCUCAUCUAAGAGCUCUGUGGAAGGACUUCCUGACUAUAUCAGUAAGAAACAUUUGAGCAUCGUGGGAAAUGUUGAGAAUUUUUCAACCAUGGAUGCUUCUGCCAGCUCUGGGGAGCAAAUAAUUGGUCUGAAGCUUGAUAAAAGGACGUACUUUGAAGAUGUAUGCGCACCUGGAAAUGCCAAGUCAUCAUCUGUGUCUGCUUCCAAGAUUGCUAGCUCCUUUGUUGCUGCUGGAAAGAGAACUAGGGCCUCGUGUCAGAGUUUACAAUCACCAUGCUGUCAAGUUGAAGGAUGCAACCUUGACCUCAAGUUCCAUGAGUUGUCCGAUUACAAUGCACGUUGUCGCAGGCCGCAGCCAGAGGCACUCCAAUUCGGUUCAACUCUGUCUGCUUCAAUAUAUGAUAAUAGAUGGCAGAUGAACAUUAUGUGGAAUAGGGUUCCUUUACCAGCUAAAAGUUUCACCUGGCCAAGUAGCUGUGGGCUUAAAUUCGCACAAGCAGGAGAUUCUUUCCUUAGAUAUGCGAAAACAGAAGGCAUGAGUAGGCAGAUGGGUGACUUGUCUAAUGAAUUGAAUGACUCAACUUCUACCUUGCCAAUGAUCUCGGACAAGGGUCUGUCUUUCAGGAGCAGUACACCUCAGAUCUUUAAUCAAGGUUUCGAGGGGUCUGCAGUAACUUGUAACCAAGAGAUGAACCCUGAGUUAGGGGGUGCUCUCCCUCUUCUGUCAACCACUUCCUCCUGGGGUAUGAAUGAGCCUCUUGAUUCAGCGCCGUUCGACCAGCUUAUGCUCGUGAAUGAAACAAUUCCAGCCGUUCAAACACCUUCUCACUCCAACUACUUCUACUCUGAUCAGAUGGACUAA